AUGUCGCGCUUGAUCGUUCGUGGCCUGCCCACGUACCUCACCGAUGCGCGGCUGCGAGAGCACUUCUCCCAGAAGGGCGCCGUCACCGAUGUCAAGCUGAUGCGUCGGCCCGAUGGAACCUCGAGAAAGUUUGGUUUCGUCGGCUACCGUUCCGAGCAAGAGGCCCAGGAGGCGCUCGACUACUUCAACCGCACCUUCAUCGACACUUCACGCAUUACGAUCGAACAUGCCAAGAAGAUCGGCGACGAAGAACUCACCAAGCAGCGCGAAGACCGCAUAAACAAGCGAAAGGCCGCCGCCGGUCAAGACCCGCAAGCGUCUACCAGCGCACAUGGUCUUGACGGUCCCAAGGGCAAGCCGAACAAAGAUGACGCAGAAGGCGUCAAGAAGAAGCCAAAGAAGGGCGGCGCCAUCUCGUUCGAAGAGUUCAUGUCGGUCAUGCAGCCCAAGGCAAAGCGAAAGGCAUGGCAGAACGAAGACGCCAUGCCCGAGCAGACCAUGGACGACAUCUUUUCCGGCGUAGAGGCCGUCGAGAAGAAGGCCGCCAAGAAGGCCAAGAAGCAAGCGAAAGCCGAGGCGGAGGCAGCUGCAGCUGCGGCCGCAACAGAAUCCAACAGCGCCAAGUCGGGCGCCGACGACGCAUCCGAGCCAGAGGCAGAUGCAGCAGUCAACGACGUCGGUCUCACCGACGAAGAGUACAUGCGUCUGCGUAUGAAGCACCGCGUCGGCACCGACCUCGAUACCCAAGACGAUCCCACGGCUCCUCAGUUUGAGCAAUCCGACGACGAGAAGGACGACAAGGCCGCCGCCUCUGCGUCGGACUCGGACUCGGACUCUGAUGACGAAGCAGACGCGGUCAAUGACGAGGAGCUCGAGCGUAAGCAGGCUGCUCAACGCCGCAAAGCCGAGCAGGCCGCCGCAAGGGAUCAAAAGCUCGUCGACCAGAUCAUGGAAAGCGGAAGGCUCUUUGUGCGCAAUCUCCCCUUCACAGCCACCGACGACGACAUCGAGAGCUUCUUUGAAAGCUUUGGCACCGUCAAGCAGGUGCACAUCCCACUUGACAAGCAGACCAAGGCAUCCAAGGGCCUUGCCUUUGUGUCGUUCUCGGACCCCGCGCACGCGCUCGCAGCGUAUCGAGCCAAGGACGGCUCCACCUUCCAAGGCCGUCUGCUCCACCUGCUCCCGGCUGUCAACAAGGACGCGCCUGCCGACACGGACAAGAAGGCGGCGACGCUCAAGCAGACGCGCGCCGACCAGAAGAAGCAGGAUGCGACCAAGGACUUCAACUGGUCCAUGCUCUACAUGUCGGCCGACGCUGUGGCCUCGUCGAUCGCCGACCGGCUCGGAGUGAGCAAGUCGGACAUCCUCAACCCGGGCGCCGACGGCGGGCCGGACAAUGCGGCCGUGCGCCUCGCGCUCGCAGAGACGCGCAUCAUCCAGGAGACGCGCGAGUUCUUUUCGCAGGAGGGCAUCAACGUCGACGCCUUCGGCACCGGUACCAAGGCCGGGCGGUCCGACACGACGAUGCUGGUGAAGAACAUCCCGUACGGCACGUCGGUCGACGAGGUGCAGAAGCUGUUCGAGGAGCACGGCGAGGUGGACAAGGUGCUCAUCCCGCCGAGCGGCACGAUUGCGCUCGUCGAGAUGCCCGUGGUGUCGGAGGCCAAGGUGGCCUUUCGCGCGCUUGCGUACAAGCGCUUCAAGGGCGGCAUUCUGUACCUCGAGAAGGCGCCCGUGGGCGUGUUGACGACCAAGACGGGCGGCGACAAGGUGGUCAAGCAGGCGCCGAUCAAGGGCAAGACCAUCGACACGUCGGCAAACCCUUCGGCCAAUCUCGCUUCUGGCGUUGCAGACGACGAGGCGGCCGAGGGUGCGACGCUGUACAUCAAGAACCUCUCCUUCUCCACCACGGACGACCGGCUGGCUGGUGCGUUCCACGGGCUUUCGGAUUACGCGUUUGCACGUGUGCAGACCAAGCCCGACCCGAAGCGACCUGGUGCGCGUCUCUCGAUGGGGUACGGUUUUGUUGGGUUCAAGUCGGUCUCUGCCGCGCGCACAGCGCAGAAGGCUAUGGACGGUAAAGUGGUGGACGGACAUACGCUGGUUGUGACGUUUGCGCGUCGCAAUGCCGAGUCUUCUGCCACUGCAUCGCUCACGUCUUCGGGUGGAUCGACCAAGAUUCUGAUCAAGAACUUGCCAUUCGAGGUGACCAAGAAGGACAUUCGGGACUUGUUUGCGUCUCAGGGUCAGCUCAAGUCGGUUCGUCUGCCCAAGAAGUUUGACAACACUACGCGCGGGUUUGGCUUUGUCGAGUAUACCACCGUUCGCGAGGCACAGGCUGCAUUUGAAGCGCUCAAACACACGCAUUUGCUCGGCAGACAUCUGGUCCUUCAAUGGAGCAAGCAGGGCGAAAAUGCCCAGGACCAGGUCGACAUGCAGCGCGAAAAGACAAAGUCCGCCUUUGUUGCAACGGGCGAUGCAACCGCCAAUGCCAAACACGCAAAGAUCAAACUCAACCACGCCCAAAUCACAAGCGCCGCCCGCUCCGCCCGCGCCGCAAACAACCAAGACGACGACGAUGACGAGUAA